AUGCCGCCGCUGCUCCCCAUGUGCGCAGCAGCGCCCCCAGCUGCAGCAGCCAGCCUGGUGCUGGUGCGCCGCUUUGCAGCCAUGCACGCGCCGCGCGCCGUGCUGGGGCGCCUGAGCGGGCCCUCCACCGCCGCCACCGGCUCUCCCUCUGGCCUGGGCAACUUUGGCGGCGCCAAGGCAGACUCCGAUGAUAAGUUUCCGCAGGGCCCUGGGCAGCCCUUCCCAGACAGGGUGUCUCCCUUUGGGCAGCCAGACCCCGACGAGGCGAAGCGAGCCAACAAGGACCUGCUGCUGACGCCGCACGGCUACGUGCCCAUCCGGCCGGCCAAGAAGAAGUCGGUCAAGAUGAAGCUGGGGGAGCAGCUGGCGAUGUAUUACAAUGAGGAGCUCAAGUGCUGGCUGAUGCCAGGAGAGGAGGAUGCGCGGCGGGCGCAGAUUGAGGAGGAGAAGAAGACGGCGGCGCCGCCCAUCAUGAGCUCAGCCUCCAGCGCCACCAGCCUCAGCACUGCCGCAGGCGGCGCCGGCGCCGACGGCCCGCCCGGGCUGCCGCGCCGCAGCGUGGCGGGUCGCUACGCCGCCGCCAGCGGCUUUGGCGCCUCGUCGGGCGGCGACGCCGGUGGCAGCACCGGCGGCGGCAGCGUGCUGGGCGGCCUGCGCCCGCCCUCCAUGUUUGGUGCGCCGGCGGCGGCCGGCGCGGCGCUGGGCGGCGGCGCGGCGCCAGCCAUGUUCAGGCCGCCGUCUGCUGUCUUUACGCCCGCGGCAGUUCCGUCCGAGGAGGUGGAGCCGGCAGGCGAGGCGGCGGUGGCGGAGUCGGCUGCAUCUGCUGCCGGCGGCGGCAGCAAGCCGGGGUCCCAGGCCAUCACCCCCACGGCAGCGCAGGCAGCCACGGUAGCCCACCCACAGGAGUCCGCGGCUGGCUCCGCAGCCGACGAGUCGGCUGCAUCGGCAGCUGCCGGGGUUCCGCCGGCUGCCAGCAGCAGUUCUCUGGAUGUUGGUGCGGUGCAGCAGGGCUGGGCGCAGCAGCAGCAGUACGAGCUACAGUACCAGGGCCAGGGCCUGCAGUACAGUGAGCAGUACCAGCAGGUGGAUGCGCAGUACCCCGGCGAGGAGGGUGGCGCCACGCUGCAGUACCACUCGGAGCAGUACCAGGCUGUACUUCAAGAUGCCGAGGGUGGCACCGCCAUGGAGAUUGAGACUGUGGCGGUGACGGAGACGCUGCCCGCAGCCGGCGGACCUCUGCACGCGCACCAGGCAGCGGCGCCUGCGGCCGAGGACGCCGGCGCCGCCAUCAACAGCACCCUUCACCACAACAGCUUUGUCGAGCCGCAUCCCGAGCCUGCAGCAGCUGCGGCCGCAGCCCCUGCAUCCUCCCCUCAGAAGCAGCAGCGGGCCGCCAGCGGAGGUGCUUCGAGCUCCGCGGCGGCGGCAGCGUCCACCUUUGCCGGCAUGGAUGCCGGCACCGCCGCGCUGCUCAGGGAUCCCGUCGUGAAGGAGAUCCUGUCCUUCUGGUCUUACUACCGCACCUGCGGCUACGAGCAGGAGGCCAUGGCGCAGUGGGUGGGCCAGAACUACCCUGCCACCUACCACUCCCGCGAUUACGACUCCCUGCUCAGCCAGCCCGCUGUGGCCGCCGCCGUGGCCGAGCACAUGGCCGCCAACGCCGCCUCCCGCCCCGCCACGCCCACCGCGGCCGAGGCCGAGGCGGCGGCCGCCGCGCAGGCGUCCACGUCUGCUGCUGCUGCUGCUGCUGCUGCUCCGGUGGAGGCAGCUGGUCCAGUUGAUCCAGCGGCCCAGGCUGCAGCGCAGACAGAUGCAAAGGCGGCGUCGGCCCUGGCACCUGUGGAGACGCGCGCCGCGUCGCCGCCCCGCGGCCCCUCCCCGCCGGCAGGCUCGCUGCCGCCCUCGCCCAAGGACCGGCCGCUGUCGGCAGCGGCGGCGGAGGCGGCGGUGGCGGCUGGCAUGGACCCGGAGGCUGCUGCCGCUGCCCUGGCUGCCCAGGCUGCAGGAGAGAUGGGGGCAGACCCCACGCUGGGCCAGGUGUUUGCCAGCUUCCUGGGGCCCCAGUUCCAGCAGGCAGCCCAGAAGGUCAAGACGGUGGCUGGCGCCGCGGCGGCGGCCGCCCAGCACCAGCUGACGGCGGCUCAGGCGCAGCUGGCGGCGCACGGCGGGCCCAACGGCGGCGGCAUGCCCGCUACGGCCGGCGCGGUGGCUGGCGGCCUGCUGGAGGCGGUGGCAGGCGGGCGCAAGCGCCGGGCGGGCAAGCUGCAGAAGCAGCUGCCCUGGGAGCAGCAGGGCGGCUCCGAUUCCGAGGACAGCAUCCCUGCUGCUGCUGCUGCUUCCGCCGCACCAGAGGCCGCCACCGGGGCGGCAGCCAACGGCGGCCUGCACGGCACGGCUGCGGCAGCCGGGCUAGAGCCUGUGGAGCCCGCAGGCGGCGCCACCCUGGCGGACUAUGCUGCCGCAGAGGCGGCCGCGCUGGCGGCAGGGCGGCGUGGCUACGAGACGCCUGCCGGGGGCACGCCUGCCAAGUCUGAGCUGGAGGCGUUGAUGCAUGGGCUGCUGGAGGGGGAGGGCUCCUCGCCCUCCCUGCUGUCGCCAGGCCACCUGGCCUCCCAGCUGGGCAUCCCGCGUGGCGCCGCCGCCCGCAACGCCUCCUCCUACUAUGCCGGCAGUGAUGCCGAGACGCUGAGCAGCCGCGAGGACUGGAGCGAGGGCGAGCUCGAGGGCGAGGCUUCAGAGGUGCAGAGCCUGCACAGCACCAUGUAUGGCGGGCAGAGCGUCGGGCAGAUCCCGCUGCCUGGCUACGCGCCCCUCAGCAACGGCCACCCGCCACCCUUUUAUGAGGGGCACGAGGAGGGCGGCGGCAGCAGCGGCCCUGGCGCUCACCAGCAGGUGCAGGAGGGCGAGGGCGAGGGCGCCGGCGCCGGCGCGCAGCAGAGCCUGGCUGGCAAGUUUGAUGCGGCCGAGGCGCGGCAGGAGCAGCCGGGUGUGCCCAGCUCGGCUUUGGAGGAGGAGCCUCCCUUCCACCAGCAGGACAGCUGGAUGGGCGAGGAGGACGCGCCAGGUGCCGCCACGGCGGUGGUGGCCGAGCACCAGCCCAGCGGCGCGCUGAGCGAGGAGCCCGCCUUCCACCAGGAGGACAGCUGGGCUGGUGAGCAGCCGUCCCUGGAGGAGCGUCAGGCGCACCUGGCGCACGAGGCGCGGCUGGCUGAGGAGGAGCCCGCUUUCCACCAGCGGGAUGCCUGGGAGGGGGAGGCGCUAGAGCAGGCGCAGUCGCAGGAGGCGCCGCAGGGGCAGGCCGACGGCUGGGGCGAGGAGCCUGCUUUCCAGCAGCGGGACGCCUGGGAGGGAGAGCAGGUGUCUGUGGAGGAGCAGCAGGCGCAGGUGGCGCAGGCGGGGCGCGUCGCUGACGAGGAGCCGCCCCUGCAGCAGGAGGACAGCUGGGGCGAGGAGCCUGCUGCGGCGGCGGCCGAGGGCUGGGGCGAGAUGGAGGAGCAGUGGGGCGCCGCAGGGGAGCAGUUCCAGCCGGCAGCGGCGGCGCCGGCAGCGGUUGGCCCCCCCGUCUUCCCCGGCGAUGCCGCCACCGAGCCCGAGGCGCCUGCGGCGGCAGAGGGCUGGGCUGAAGACAGCCUGGGAGAGCUGCUGCCAGGGACGGAUGAGCAGCAGGGGCAGGCGUGGGAGCGCGAGGCGGUGCCUGGCGCCGACAGCCUCGACGCGGCUGCCGCUGCCGUCGCCGCCACCAUCAGCGGGAUCGCCAGCGAGGAGGAGCAGCACCUGUAUGCGCAGCUGCAGCUACUCUCCGACCAGUGCCAGCAGCAGGAGGCGGCACUGGAGGAGCAGGCUGCAGCGGCUGCCGCCAGGGAGCAGCAGCUGGCGGCGCUGCAGGCACAGCUGGAGGAGCAGGCAGCGCUGGCCGCUGCCCACGAGCAGCAGGUUGCCGCACUGCAGGCGCAGCUGGAUGAGCAGGCGGCGGUGGCUGCCGCCGCCACUGCGGCCGCCGGCAGCGAGCAGCAGCAGCUGUGGGGCGCCGCUACGGAGCAGCAGGCACUCAAGCAGGCCCUGGCGGCUCGCGACGCCGCUCUGGAAAAGAAGGAAAGCAUGGCUUCCACGCUGCAGCAGCAGCUGACGCAGCGCGAGGCGGAACUGGCGGCGGCGGCGGCCGAGGCUGCGGCACUGCAGCAGCAGGUGUCUGCCAGCGAGGCGCGCUUCCAGGAGCUGCAGGCGGCCGACGAUGCCCGCGUGCAGGCAGAGGCCUCCCUGGCGGCGCUGCAGAUGGAUCUGGACAUGGCCCAGGAGGCGCUGGAGCAGCAGCAGCAGGAGCUGGAGGAUGCCAAACUGGCCAUUGAGAUGAAGGAUGAGGCCAUCGAGUCUCUGCGCCAUGCCGAGCAGCGCGCCAGGGAGCUGGAGGCGGCUGUCAGCACCAAAGACCAGCACAUAGCCGCCCUGGAGCUGCGCAUGCAGGAGCUGCAAGACUCGGCAGCCGAGGCGGCUGCCGACGCGGAGGAGGCUGCGGCCAGGGUGCUGGCAGAGGCCAAGGAGCGCGUGGCGGUGGCUGCGGCGGUGGCUGAGAAGGACGCCCAGCUGCAUGCGGCGCAGGAGGCACUGCGGCAGCAGCUGCAGCAGCAGCUGCAGCAGGCCGAAGCCGAGCUUGAGGCCACCGUGUCGGCGGCCAUGGACCGCAAGGAGGGGCAGCUGGCGGAGCUGCGGCGCCAGCUGGAGGAAGCUCAGCAGGCUCAGCAGGCCGCCGAGGCUGCUGCCGCUGCAGCCGUGGCUGCCGCCGCUGGCACGGUCGGCGGCGCGGAGCACGAGGCGCUGCAGCAGCGGUGCAAGGAGCUGGAGAAGAAGUUUGCUGUGGCGCGCAAGAAGAUCCAGGUGGUGCAGCAGGAGCAGCAGGCGGCUGGUCAGGCGGCGGCGGCCAGCGAGGCCGUCGUCGCCCAACUGCGGCAGGAGCUGACGGUGGUGGCGGCGCAGCAUGAGGAGGCUGCUGCCCAGGCCGCCGCCGCCGCCGAGGCUGAGCUGGCCGAGCUGCGGCAACAGCUGGAGGCGGCGCAGGCGAUGCAGGAGCAGCUAGCGGCGGAGCAGCAGCAGCUGCAGCAGCAGGAGCUGGAUGCUCUGGGCGAGGAGAACCUGAAGCUGAUGGACCUGCUGGAGGAGAAGCAGGAGCAGCUGGAGCAUGCGUCGGCCGAGGUGGCCCAGCGGCGCGCGGAUGCAGAGGCGGGCAGCGCCAGCAUGGCCGCGCUCAGCGAGGAGCUGGCGCAGGCACAUGCGGCUGAGGCCGCCUCGCAGCAGCACGCCGCGGAUGCUGCCGCCGCCGCCGAGCACGAGCAGCAGGUGCGGCUGCAGGUUGAGGCUGAGCUGGCCGCCCGCGUGCAGCAGCUGGAGGAGCUGCAGCAGAAGCAGGCGGCGGCCGCUGCCGCGGUGACUGCUGCGGCAGAGGCCGCGGAGCAGCAGCAGUCUCUGCUGGGCGAGGUGCAGCAGCAGCUGCUGCAGCGGGAGGCCGACGUGCACCAGCUGCAGCAGCAGCUGGCGGCGGCGGCGCAGGAGGCCGAGGCGGCCGCGGCGGCGCGCGCCGAGGAGGUUGGCGCGCUGCAAGAGGAGCUGGCCUCCCAGGGGCUGGUCAUCGAGUCGCUGCGUGCUGAGCUGGCCACCGCCGGCGAGGAGGCGGCGGCCGCGGCGGCGCAGGCGGUCGAGGCGGUUGUGGCUGCCCGCGACGAGGAGGUGAAGAAGUUCAAGCUGCAGCUGGUCAAGGCCAAGAAGCUGCGCUCGCAGGAUGCGGAGAGGAUUGCCGCGCUGGAGGCGGAGCGUAAUGAGCUGCUGGCUGUGGCAUCCGCCGGCCCGGCGGACGAGGAGCUGCAGCAGGCGAUGGCGGCGUCUUCGGAGGCGGCGGCAGCGGUGCAGGAGAGGGAUGCGCAGCUGGCGGCGCUGCGGCAGGAGCUGGCGGCUGCGGCUGAGGCGGCCGCGGAGGCGUCUCAGGAGCAGCAGGACCAGAUUGAGCUGCUGCGGGAGGCGCUGGCUGCCGCCAAGCUGCAGGCAGAGGCGGCUGGGGAUGAGCAACAGCUGGUGGAGGCGCUCAAGUCUGAGCUGGCCGCCUUGCAGCAGGAGGCAGCAGCGGCCGCAGAGGCUGCCGACGCCGCCGCGCUGGAGCAGUGCCGCCAGCUGGAGGUGCUGCAGCAGGAGCUGGCGGCGGCUCGCGCCGAGGCGGCGGCCGACGCCGACCAGCAGCACCACCGCAUCCACAUGCUGCAGCAGGAGCUGGCUGCCGCCAAGGCGGAGGCCGAGGCGGCGGUGGAGGCGGCGCUGGCAGCCGAGGAAGGCCAGCUGGAGAUUGCCGCAUUGAAGCAGCAGGCGGCGACGGAGGCGCAGGCCACUGCUGCCGAGGAGGAGCACCAGAUUGAGCUGCUGCGGCACGAGCUGGCAGCCGCCAAGGCCGAGGCCACAGCGGCGGCCGAGGCUGCGGCCGCGGCGGAGGAGCAGCUGCUGGAGCUGUCUGCUGCCAAGCAGGCGGCUGAGGCAGCAAGCACCUCACCCGUGGGCUCUGAUGCCGGGCAGAUGGACCUGCUGCGGCAGGAGCUGGCUGGCGCCAAGGGGGCGGCCGCCGCCGCCGAGGCCGCCGCUGCGGCGCUGCAGCAGCAGAUGCAGGAGGAGCAGCAGCGGGUGGCCAAGGAGAUGGCGCUCGCCGAGGAGCAGCAGCAGGAGAUGCUGCAGCUGCUGGAGCAGCAGCAGGAGCAGCUGGAUGCGCUGGCGGCGGGUGGCGCCGUGGCCGCUGCGCCUGCGCCGGCGGCGCCUGCCGAGGACCAGGCGCAGCUGGCGGCGCUGCAGCAGGAGCUGGAGGCUGUGCGCGCUCGGGUGCAGGCGCUGGAGCCUCUGGCUGAGGAGGUGGAGGCUCUGCGCAGCGAGGUGGCGUCGGGCGAGGAGAUGCUCACCGACUGCCUGACCAGCCUGGGCCAGGAGGAGGCCAAGGUGGCACGCCUUGUGCAGCUGCUGGUGGAGCGGGGCGAGGAUGAGCGGGCUGUGACCGCGGUACUGGCGCAAGUGGAGGAGGAGGCUGGCUGGGGGGAGGAUGGCGGCGGGGAUGGCGAGGCCGUGGAGGAGGAGGUGGAGGAAGGGGCUGUUGCUGAGCAUGCCGCGGCAGUGGCAGCAGAGGAGCAGCAGACGGAGUGGCCUGCUGAGACCGCUGUGGCAGAGGAGGCAGACACCCCGGAGCAGCAGCAGCUGGAGCAGCCUGCACUGGAUGCUGGCUGGCCCACCAAUGCCGCUGCAGCCGCCGAGGAGGCUGCCGCGUGGGAGCAGCAGGCUGGACAGGAGGACUGGCCUACCGAUGCCGCUGCAGCCGCCGAGGAGGCUGCCGCGUGGGAGCAGCAGGCUGGACAGGAGGACUGGCCUACCGAUGCCGCUGCAGCCGCCGAGGAGGCUGCCGCGUGGGAGCAGCAGGCUGGACAGGAGGACUGGCCUACCGAUGCCGCUGCAGCCGCCGAGGAGGCUGCCGCGUGGGAGCAGCAGGCUGGACAGGAGGACUGGCCUACCGAUGCCGCAGCAGCCGCCGAGGAGGCGUCCGCCUGGGAGCAGCAGACUGGACAGGAGGACUGGCCUACUGAUGCUGCAGCAGCUGAGGAGGUGGCUGCCUGGGAGCAGCCCGCUGACGGCAACUGGCCCACCGAUGCCGUGGCGGCAGCUCAGGAGGCGGCCGCCUGGGAGCAGGAGCAGCAGCAGGAGUGGCCGUCCGAUGCUGUGGCAGCAGCCGAGGAGGCAGCCACGUGGGCGCAGCAGCCGGCAGCUGUAUAUGUUGGCCCCGCUGACGACGAGCCGGAGCCCAGCCCUGCUGUUGUUGCGGCUGAGUGGGGCCAGGUAGAGGAGGAGUGGGACGCCGCGCAGGAGGAGCAGCUGGGCACCGCUGCUGACUGGCAGCAGCAGGAGCAGCACAAUGCAGCGGCCGCGUGGCAGCAGCAGGAGAGCGACGCAGACGGCACCAGCUGGCUGGAGCAGCCGCCAGAGCCGCAGGCGGCAGAUGCCAGCGGCGGUGAGGGCUGGCAGGAGCAGCCUGGCAGCGCGGGCGGCUGGCAGGGCGGCGACGAGUCUUCCGCCCAGUUUGAGGAUGUGUCGCUCGGUGGCAGCACCGGCGCCAUGGCCUUCGUUGCCUCCUGCUGGCAGGAGCACCAGAAUGCCGCCUUCGGCUGGGGCGCUGCCGGCGAGGCGCAGCCCGCCUCCGAUGCCGGCUUUGCCUGGAACACCAACGAGGCUGCCGGCGACCCGCGGCGGCAGCAGGAGGGCUGGGGCGAGUGGGCCGACGAGGACCUCACAUGA